CCAUAAUUCGUUAGAAGCUUCUAAUAUUUGACGUAAAUUUCUUUCGACUUGUGGAAGUUCCUCGCUACCUUCAACAGCAGCAGACAAUUGUUCUGCUGAUCUUAAUAAUUCACUGAAACCAGUAUCUCCUGUAGCUCGCGAAGAAUCUAUAGUAGACAUGUCGCUAUUUGGUGGAUCUACCAUUUUUAAAGCGCGCUAAGAAUAUCAUACUUUUCAAUCCAAUAUGGUUGACCAUGCUGACCAAUCUAAUAACAAAUUAUAAAUUGAGAUAAACAUGUGUAGUCCUACACACACACACACACGCAUACUUUUCAUUUAUAUUAUUAUUUUAUAAUUAAAUUAUGAAUUAUUUAAAAAUCUCAUUUUAAUAUUUCUUACGAAAAGGCUUGCUUUCAAAUUGAAUUUUUCGAAUAUUUAAAAAUGUCAUUAGUACCCGCGAUAUCGUCGAUCAAUCAGAUUUGAAUAUUCUUUUUUCAAUUUCUCUAAGAGAAAUUUUUUAAAUAAAAAUAAAAAAAUAUAUAUAUUUUAUAUCUCCUAUUUAUAUAACAUACAGAAAAUAAGUUCUUCUUUAUAAAGAAGCGAAUAAAAUAUUUAUUUGUAUGAACGUUCGUAUUACCAAUAUGCCGGUCACGAGAUUGAAACUACCUAGUCAAAUUUACCAUAAAGUUUAUCAUUAUGCUUGAAUUUGAUUGAUUUUGAUUAGUCAUUUACAGUCAAAAAAAAAAAAAAAUAAAAAAAGAAAAAAGAAAAAAAGGAAAAAAGAGAAAACAGAUAACAUUGUUUUAUUGCAAUAAUAUCACAGAAAAUUGUAUGAGAAUAGAGAAAAUUUAUAAUUCUUUAAUAUAUUUGCCGGUAUUCUUGAUGUUUAGAAAUUGUCAUGUGCAAUUUACUGUUAUUUCGUAUUAAGAGUUUUUGAAGUUAUCUUGAAUGAAUGAUGUACUCUUUAACGAUACAUGUCUACGUAUAAAAAUGGAAAGCCGGAAUUUUGACAACAAUAAAAAUCACAAAGUUUUGCGACAUUAUGUUGCAAAGAAAAAUUCUACUGUUACUUGCAUGUCAAGACAUUGUGAUGUAAAUGUAAGUACUUUACGUCUGGGAAUGCUGGUAAAAUGCCUGGAAGAUUUAAUGGAUGGAACGCUCCUAAUUUCUGUCACCGAUGUGUCAGGAUCAAAAGUUUGGUUUAACACAGAAUGGUGCUGUCAAAAAACUGAUCUCAUUCCUGUGUCACAAGAAAUUUGGAGAUUUCUUCUUGCGGUUUCAGUACCACAAGAGAGAGUUCGCCUGGCCAAUAAUAAAUCACUUUGUGGAAUAUUGGAAAAUCUAUCUGUAAAUGAUAAAGUAUGGUAUCACUCUAACCAUAAAGUUAAUGACCACAAGGAAUUAGCUAUUAUUAAAUAUAUUGGUCCUGUUCCUAAGCUUGGUCAAGGAUUUUAUUUUGGUCUUGACAUACCGGACAGUCAAGAAUUAUCUAAAACAUCUAUGCUAUGUUCAGAAUAUUUUGAGUCAGCUCACUCAAAUAGAACAUUUGCAACAUUGAAUAAAAUUUCUCUUUACAAAGUGGAUGUUCCAAAUAGAAAUACAGAACAAAUUUUAAUACCAAAACCUAUUACACAGAAUGUCUCUACUAAUUUGUCUGACAAAAAGAAAUUUACUUUGGAUCCAAAUUUGUUAGAUGUAUUGGAAACAUUUUCCCCAGACAGCAGUAAGAAUAAUAAUAAUAAUAAUUGUAAUAGUACAUCUUUACCAGAUGAAUAUCAUUAUGCCAUGAGAUCAUUAAUUCCACAAAAUACAAAUAACAAAUCAGGUAAUAUGUCAGAAGAAAAUGGAAACAAAAAUUGUAGACGAGAUAAAUCGUCAGAUUUAAUUGUGGGUUCAAAUGUUAAAGUACUUCUAGGUUCAGAUUUAAGACAUGGAACCCUUCGUUGGAUUGGAACACGACCUGAUACUAGUAAAUUAAUGGCAGCUGUUGAAUUGGAUGAAGGACAUCCAUCAGGUACAGAUGGUAUUUACAAGGAAAUAAGAUAUUUUCAAUGUCAACCUUAUAGAGCCGUUUUCACGGAUAUUGAGCAAUGCUUUCCAUAUGAAUCUGGAGUAGUAAGAGUUGAUGAUCGAUAUCCUUCUAUGAAUACUAAUAAUUUUGGAAAUAUGGAAAAUGUAAUUACAGGAAUGGUGAGACCUAUUUCAGUCAAAGGAAAUUUAGAGAGUAUUUGUGGAAAAUUCAGAGGAAUACAAGGUCAUCAUAAUUCAUGUUAUUUGGAUGCUACUCUUUUCAGUAUGUUUGCUUUCACUAGUGUAUUUGACAAUCUUUUAUUCAGACCACCAAAUGAAAAAGAUUGUCAUGAGUAUGAAGAAGUUCAGAAAGUAUUACGCGAAGAAAUCGUUAAUCCCCUUCGAAAAAAUAUAUUUGUAAGUGCGGAUCGUGUAAUGAAAUUAAGAACGUUACUUGAAAAAUUGUCUUCUGUAUCUGGUCUUACAAGUGAAGAAAAAGAUCCAGAAGAAUUUUUAACAUCAUUGGUGGCACAAAUCUUAAAUGCUGAACCAUUUCUCAAAUUAAGUUCUGGUCAGGAUGCAUAUCACUAUCAACUUUUCGUUGAAAAGGACGAUCACCUCAGUUUACCAACAGUACAACAACUAUUAGAACAGAGCUUUUUCACAAGUAAUAUCAGAUUGAAGGAAGUUCCUUCUUGCCUUAUCAUACAAAUGCCACGAUUUGGAAAAUCAUUUAAAAUGUAUCAAAAAAUCCAACCAACUCUUUUGCUUGAUGUGACAGAUAUCAUUGAAGAUUCUCCUAGACAGUGCACAGUAUGUGGUAAAUUAGCUGAAUUUGAAUGUAAAGAAUGUUAUGGAGAAUGUGGAGAAGGUCUUGAAAGCAUAGCCUUCUGUGUAGAAUGCUUAAAAACAGUACACCGUCAUGAACAUAGAACUAAUCAUGAACCAAAAAAACUUAGUGUACCAGUAGAAUUUGCAAUUUUACAAGAGCAUUGUCCCGUACCUCGUUUAUAUUUAGAACUCUCAGCAGUCGUUUGUAUUGAAACAUCUCAUUAUGUUUCAUUUGUAAAGUGUGGCUCUGGUUCAGAAGCACCAUGGUGUUUUUUUGAUUCUAUGGCAGAUAGAAAAGGUGAACAAGAUGGAUAUAAUAUACCAGAGAUGGUGCCAUGUCCAGAUUUUCCUUAUUGGCUAAGUGAAGAAGGUGGCAAUUAUUUGAUGAAAUUAACAGACGAUCGUAAUUUACCGGAAUAUGCAAAACGACUUUUGUGUGAUGCCUACAUGUGUAUGUACCAGUCACCGGAUGUUAUGAUGUACAAAUAAUGUUGAUAUAACCUCAUAAUAUUGAUAGUUUUAUUGGUAUAUUGACUGCUGGAAUUCCUGCCAUAUUUGCUGGUUGCGUACAAUAAUCCUGAAUUAAACACUGUCUCUGAUUAUCAAGUAAUACAAAUUCAUCAUAAAUUGGAGCAUCUGUUAGGGUAGUAGGUGUAAGUAAUAAGUCAAUAUUAUUGUCCCAUACUUUGUUAAAAUCUUGUGAAAUUAAUCUACGUAAUUUCAUUGCUUUUACGUAAUAUUGUUCAUAAUUUUCACGUAACAAAAAAAAAUUUCCAGCAAAUAUACGACUCUUAACAACAUCAUUGAAACCUGUGGAUCUUGUUUUUCUGUACAAUUCAGUUAGCGAAUUUUCUUCAUCCGCACGAUAACCAUACCGAACACUAUCAUAACGUGCCAUAUUACUCGCUACGGUGCAACAAUUUAAUACCGAAUAACACACUAUAGAAUAAUCUGUAUAUGGAAGAGAAACUGGAAUUACUUUAGCACCUGCUUCUUCUAUUAGUGAAGCAACUUCAUCCCAGCACUUUUGUAUUUCUUUACUUAUUCCAUCAAUUUUAUAUUCUUUUGGUAUACCAACACAUAAAUUACUUAUAUCAAUUUUCUCUGGUAUUGAAAAGGGCUCAUAAUCUUUUUUUAUAGUAGUAGAAUCUGUAUCAUCCGGUCCUGCUAUACUGUUUAGAACCAAAACAGCAUCUUCCACAUAUCUGGUAAGAAUACCAGGUACAUCCAUUGAGUUUACCAAAGGUAUAAGACCGUUUCUUGAAACUAAUCCAUAAGUUGGUUUUAAUCCAAUCAGACCGCAGUAAGAAGCAGGAUUACGAGUAGAUCCUCCAGUAUCAGAUCCUAUUGCUGCAUAACAACUGUGAGUAGCUACUGCUACUGCAGAACCGCCGCUACUACCACCUACAGAAAUAUGUAUUGUUCAAUCUUUUCAAUUAAUAGAAAAAAAAUAUUAAAGCAUAAAUACCUGCUAUAUGCCACUUAUCUUUGUCGGCAAAGAGUUGUGUGUUUAUCUCUGUACCAUCCUCAUAUAAAUAAUGCUUAGAUAAUAUUUCAGAACCCCAUAGAUUUAUGGUUGGCCCAUAAUAUGAAUCAAUAGUCCCUGAGCCCAUAGCAAAUUGGUCUAAAUUAGUUUUACCAACCAGAACUGCACCAGCAUUUCUAAGACAUUGAUAGACGGUAGCAUUAUAUCCAGGAAUAAAAUUUUCUAACAUAAAAGACGCACAAGUCGUUGGCACUGCUUUCGUACAAAAAUUAUCUUUGAUUGCAAUAGGAACACCGUCGAGAUCACCCAAAAUAUGAUUUUCUUUUUGUCUAAUAUCUGCAUCCUUCGAUUGUUCUUUUGCUACAUUUUCAGUUACCGUGAUAUAAGGGUUCAGUGGUUUAAUAAGCUUUGUAAGAUCGAUAGAAGCUUUGCAAAGCUCAGAUGGUCGUAUAUUGCCAGCAUUUAAUUUUUCUCUUAUACCUUUUAUUGAUAAAGAUAAUAAAUUUUUCAUUUUUUAAGGUUAAGUUCAGCAUUCAUAUAGCGUGUGCCGUGUGUAACUUUAUAAUGAAGAACUCAGAAAUAGAAACAAAAAUUAAAAUAAUUGGUAAGCCUUAUAAUUAUUUUUAUAUAUAACACAUUCAUUCUCUAAUUACUUAUUAUACUACUCAUUAUACUUUUUCAAUUACUUGUAAAAUAUAAUACGUGAAAAUAGCUUGUAACAACAUUUUUAUAAGAACCUAACCUUAUAUUAUUUUAUUUCUUUACAUUUCAUUUGUUUUAGAUUUUAUAAGAUUAAUUUUAGACAAUAUAAACAAUACAAACGUUGUAUGUAAUAAAUAAAAAAUUAUAUUUAUGCGCUUUCAUUGUAAAUAAAUCAAAAGAUAUUGUAUUCAUAAAACAUAUGAAUUAAUUACAAUGAUUUCAAUGUAAACCCUGUUGCACAAUACGCAUUAUCGUAGUAUUUGUUUUUGUUCCAAAAAGAAGAUAAUGAUACUGAUCGUAAUGGAAUGGAAUUACUGUUUGUAAACCAUCUAUUUUAUGUACAAUCUUUCUUUGGAAUUUCUGAAAAUAAUC